CAACUUGUUCUGAAAUCCAGGGUUCAAUUUUGACACUUUGUCAGGUGGCAACAGUCCAUCCCAUCACCUUCGGUCAACUGCUGUGGGCGACGCCGAAACGGCACAGCGCCGACGGAGAGCGAGAUACAGACCGCGACACUGCAACUACUCUCCUUUGUCACCAUCUUCUUCUCGACAUUGUCACAUAGACAGCCAGCAUCAUAGAGUGCCCCGCUGGCGGCACACAUACACAGGUUCGGCCUCUCGUCUUUCCUUGCCCGAUCCGCUUCUUCCAACAACCACCAUCACCACCAACCCCGCCGCCUCCACCACCUCCACCUUCCUCAGUCCGUCGGCCGCUCCCCGCCCCACCCAGCAUGACCCUUGCACCGCCAAUCGACCUCACCGACCUCUCGGACGGCGAGGAGGCGCCCGCGCCCGCCCCACGCAGUAGUGGGGGUGCUGCUGUCGGUGGUGCUGCAGGUGGUGCCGAUCCGUCCGCGCACGGGCCGUCUGGGAACGGCGGCAGAGACCUAGACUUUACCAUCACAUCAAGCCACGGCCCAACAACACCGUCCCCAAUGAUGGCGAGCACUGGCAGCGCUGCAGCGGGCCGCUUCUCGAACGGGUUCGCGGCGUCCGCCGGCGGGCCAUCAGGCUUCGGCUUUGGCGCAGCAGCAGCGAGUAGCACGCCCCGCGUCCCCGUCGUGCCCUCGCUCCCAGUCUUCGCGGGCCCCUCAUCGGUCGCUAGCUCGUCUGCUGUUGGAGUACCUGGCGGCAGCAGCGGCGGCCCAACACACGCCGGCACGUCGCAGGCGACCGCCAUCGACGUCGACAGCGUACAGAUCCGCAACUCGAACCCCAAGAAACCCGUCUGCAUCGGCGCGUUCAUGAGCCGCGCAAUCAUGUUAUACCCUACCGAAGCGGUCGUGCAGGGUGCGCAGCCACCGCCAGGCAGCCGCGACCCUUGGGAGAUUGUCAACUUUCGUGGCGUCGAGAUGAUCCGCGUCAAGUUGAAGCUCCGCCGCGCAGGGCAGCCGACGAGACCCGACGAGCCGUGGAGUGCCGUCAGCCGAGACGUCAUCCAGGUCAUGACGCCCGGCAUGACGACGUACAUUGGCGACUUGGACCCAGCCGUCUCCGAAGUGCUCAUCUCGAUGCUGACGCGAGGACUGUGCCGUCUCGAGGGCUUUGCCAUGCGCUUGCAGCCUGACGGAGUGGGUCCUUCGGCGUCAACGUCGCUGACACUGCAGAACAUGUUCGAAGUCCGAAUCAACGUCAUGGUCUUCACGCUGCCCUCAAACAUCAACUACAUCACCGCGACGCUCGUCGCGCACAACCUCUACCUCCUUGACCCUAUGCCACCUUACGACCCUAACCGCCACGGCGAACAGCCAGAAUACAUCAACGCCCACGGUGGCGGGCGGCGCGCGUACGACCUGUACAUGGCUGCCCAGCGCAGCCACUACGGCGGUGGCUCCAGCAACUUCAGCCUACAACAAGAAAAGGCCAACCUGGUCGAGGUGCAGCGCCAGCAGGUCGACGAGGUGUUUAAGAACCUAGAAAACGGACAGGAACUCGAGCAGAGCGAUCCAGGACCGUACAUCCGGACCGAGCUCUUCCCCCAUCAGCGCAAGGCUCUUACCUUCCUGCUGCAAGGCGAGCAGGACUGGAACAGCCUCAAAACUGCGCGCCGGGCGGCCAACAAACUCUUUGCUCGCGUUAAGAAGGAGAAGGGCGAGGACGCAGCCAACGGAAACGAAAAGGAGCGCUCCGAGUCACGAGACCCAAAAGACGACAACUCUAGAUCCCUUUGGGAGCCCCAGAUGGACGACAAGGGCCGACCGCGAGUCUGGAAGAGCAAGAUCACUGGUGAGAAGCUCCGUCUCAAGAAGGGAGAGCGACCAAAGGACGCCAAGGGCGCGAUCCUGGCAGAUGAUAUGGGUCUCGGUAAAACCCUUUCAGUCGUUUCGCUUAUCGCUGCAACCCGCCCCGAGGCAACGUCGUGGUCUCGGAAACCUCUGGAGAAGUUUGAGCUCAUCGAUGGUGAUGACGACUGCAAGGAGGAGAUUGGCGCAUCAGCCAUGAGCACGCGAGUCUUUGGCAUGCCAGAAGACGACUCUGGUGGGGAGAGCUCAAAGAAGAGAAAGAAGCGCCCACGCGAGGACGAGGCGUUAGUCGCCCUCCGAGCACGUCGCUCCACCAUUCUCAAGCGCUCCAAGGCGACCCUACUCGUGUGCCCUAUGUCGACCAUCACCAACUGGGAGGAUCAGAUCAAGGAGCACUGGGACGGCGAAGUGGAGGUCAUCGGCGGUACUUCUGCCAAUGUCAAGAAGGAACGCGGUUCGAAGCCUGCAGCCGAUGAGGACGAGCUCGAGGGUUCGGAAUGGGACAAGCUCCGAGUCUACAUCUACCACGGCACAUCUCGAAAAGCCGACCCAAGAUUCCUGGCCGAGUUUGAUAUCGUCAUCACGUCUUACAGCACGCUCGCGAACGAGUACUCGAAGCAGUGUGCGACCUGCGGCGGUGACGACGAGUCAACUCCAGCAGACACAGGUGUCAACAGCAGCGAUGAGAGCGGCCAUGUCGACUCGACGAGACCUGCAUCUGGGUCACGCUCGACCAAGGGCGACCGCGAAUCUGACAUCAAGCCCGCUGAUAUCGUCGAGGCCUUGAGAACGAGCAAGAAGCAGCCGAGACGAAAGCUUGGGGCCACGUCCGAGCAGCGCAGCCCCCUCCAGCAGAUUGACUGGUUCCGUGUCGUCCUCGACGAGGCCCACAGUAUCAAGUCGUCGGCUACCGUCGCCUGUAAGGCAUCAUGUUUCCUCGAGGCGGACCGCCGCAUCGCCUUGACGGGUACGCCUAUCCAGAACCGAAUUGAGGACGUCUGGGCCCUGUUCAAGUUCCUUCGUCUGGCGCCAGUCGAUGACAAGGAGGUGUUCAACAAGUACAUCAUCUCGCCUUGUAAGACCGGUGACCCGGUCGGCAUUGCCCGCCUUCAGCUCAUCAUGCGCGCCUGCACAUUGCGUCGUACCAAGGAUUCGACAGCCGACAAUGGCGCCAAGAUCUUAAAUCUCCCGCCCCGCAAAGAGGUCCAGCUCUGGCUCGACCUGCGCGAGGACGAGCGAAAGAUUUACGACGCCCGCCUCGAGGAGGUCAAGCAGGAGGUCCACGAGAUGCAGGCGAAGAAGGAGCUCACGAAGAACUAUGCCCACGUUCUGCAACACCUUCUGCGACUCCGCCAGACCUGCAACCACACCGAUCUCCCCAGCUCUGGAGCUGUCGAGGAGGACUACGACGGUACGAUUAUGGAGUACGAUGUCGCCAUCCAGGGCAUUGAACGCCACGGCCUCAACCUCGCACGCGCUCAAUCGGUGCUGUGCUUCCUCAAGGACACUGCCGAAGGCGCUGUCUGCGCGGAGUGCAACAAGGACUAUGCGCCAUACUUCCCUUCGUUGGGACUCGGCGGCGCCGAAGAAGGACCCAAGCCCGAACUGGUCGACAAGAAGGGCAAAAAGGUCCAGGUGAGACCCAUCCUGACCAAGUGCAUGCACAUCAUCUGCUACACUUGCUUCAAGCGCUCCGUCUGGCCCCAAUACCCCAAGGGCCUCAAGGGAGUCACGCGGCAAUGUGGCGUCUGCGACCAGAUGCUGCAUCUCGACUACGACAUCAUCCAAGUCGACCCGCCAAACGACGACCAGGAUGCGGCCGAGCCACAGCCCAAGAAGACGACGCGACGCAAGUAUGUCCGCCCGCCAGGCGAGCGCCCGAGCCUUUCCACCAAGAUGCAGUGGCUCUUGGACGAGCUCAUGCGCUUCUCCAAGCGCAACAAGCAUUCAGACAACUACGACCCGUGGUUCCAGGGCGCUGGCGACGACCCAGACGAGAUCAUCGAGCUCGACGACGAUGGUGCGCCGAUCGCUGUCAAGAGCGUAGUCUUCUCCCAGUGGACGACGAUGCUGGACCGUAUCGGUGACAUGCUGGACGAAGCCAACAUUCGCUACUGUCGUCUGGACGGCACCAUGACGCGAGAGGAGCGUGCCCGCGCCAUGGAGGACCUGCGCACGAAAAAGAAGAUCGAGGUCAUGCUCGUCUCGACACGCGCAGGCGGCGUGGGUCUCAACUUGACGAGCGCGUCGCGUGCAUACCUCGUCGACCCGUACUGGAACCCGUCAGUCGAGGCCCAGGCCAUCGACCGUAUCCACCGUCUGGGCCAGAAGCGUCCCGUGACGGCCAUCAAGCUCAUGAUCAACGGCUCGGUCGAGAAGAAGCUGUCCGACAUUCAACAGAAGAAGGCCAACCUCGCCAAUCUGUCGCUUAAGAACAUGUCGCGCCAAGAGCUCAUGGAGCAAAAGGCCGAAGAGCUUGUCGAGCUGUUCAGUUGACCUGGCGCCUGCCCUGCGUUUUUUUCACCCCCAUUGCACAUAAUACAACAACAUCAACACAUCAGAGGCAGACCCUUGCAUUAUUUGACGCCACUCCUGUACCUGUCCUUAAUUGGUCACAUGCAUUACCGUUUGUUACUGGG